AUGGAGGACCUUGUCCAGCACGUCGCUCCACGUUCAUACGACACAAAUUCCACGUACGGAUCUAAUACAACCUACAUUUAUGAAUACUCGAGAGGACUGGGUGGAGUCGACGUUCCUCGAGAUGUGCUGCUCACCCGAAUCAUCUACUCCACCGCUUUGGCUGUGGCUUUCAUCAUCUUCUGCGGUCGAGUAGGUCAGAUCAGUCAUGCUUACCUUCGCCUUAUCGCGUCUCUGGGUGCAAGCAGAAGACAGCAAACAUUCUGGAGUUUGGAGGAAUCAUCGCUAUGGGCGAAGUUGAAGAAACACGUUCUAUACGCCCCGCUGGGUAGUAAGAGGCAUAACAGGGAGAUCCAGUUGUCGUCUGCUCUCAACAUGGGUACCUUGCCGUCAAGAUUUCAAGGGAUCUUGAUAUUGCUGUAUUUUGCAAGUCAGAUCGCUUACUGUGUCCUUCUGGAUUAUUCGGUCAAUGCCAAGGCAGCUCUGGUUGCUGAGCUUCGCGGGAGGUCUGGAACGCUGGCCGUCCUGAAUAUGGUACCUCUCUUCCUCCUUGCUGGCCGCAAUAAUCCUUUGAUUCCACUGCUGCACGUUAGUUUCGACACAUACAAUCUCCUCCACCGGUGGCUGGGCCGUAUCGUCGUGAUCGAGAGUGUGGUGCACACAGCCGCUUGGGCAGUCAAUGCAUGCGAUGAACAAGAUUUCUCACACAUGCUGGAACGGUUGCGCACUACUCCUUUCUUCUCAUGGGGCCUAUGUGGUACUUGUGCAAUGGCGUUUCUCUGUCUUCAUUCCCCAUCUCCAAUCCGACACGCUUUCUACGAAACUUUCCUGCAUCUGCACCAGCUCGCUGCCUUCCUGGCUUUCCUGGGCGUCUACAUGCACUUGAACAUCGACAGCUUGCCUCAGAAGCCCUGGCUUCUGGCGAUUGCCGUCUUAUGGCUUCUUGAACGAACUGCCCGAUUGCUCCGACUUUUAUACCUCAAUUUCUCCAUGAAGAACGGAGUCACCAAGCUCGCUGUCGAAGCUUUGCCCGGUGAGGCAUGUCGAGUAACCUUUCACCUCCCCAAGCGCGUCCGUAUCAGUCCUGGCUGUCAUGUGUACGCCUACAUUCCCAGCGUCGCGAUGUGGAUGUCCCACCCAUUUUCAGUCGCUUGGGUCGACCCAUGCAAUGCCGUCACCCCAUACACAUCUUCGAAAACCAUGACCCGAAGCCAUUCUACUUCCUCAUCUCUAGACCCAUCGCUCCUUGAAAAGCAACCAGCAGGUCUGGACGAAUACAUGGAAGGCAACCAACAACCCACCUCUGUUUCCCUCAUUGUCGGAGCACGCCAAGGCAUGACCCGCAGACUGUACAACGCUGCUCUCGCCUCCCCCAACCAAACCCUCUUCACAUCAGGCUACAUCGAGGGACCCUACGCUUCCCACGCCACCAACAUGGGCAGCUACGGCACUGCCGUCCUCUUCUCCGCCGGUGCCGGCAUCACCCACCACAUGCUCUUCGUCCGCGAUCUCAUCCUCCGCGCCUCCGAAGGCCGCGUCGCAACCCAGAAAGUCUACCUCAUCUGGUCCGUCCGCAACACAGACCACCUCACCUGGGUACACGAGUACAUGGACCAAAUCCUCCGCCUCCCCAACCGCCGCGACAUCCUCACCAUCAAACUCUUUGUCUCCAAACCAAAAAGCAGUCGCGAGAUCGUCUCCCCGUCCGCUACCGUGCAAAUGUUCCCCGGACGAUGUCGGCCAGACGUUGUUCUCAACGAGAUCAUACCGCAACGCGUCGGCGCGACGAUCGUCUCUGUCUGUGGGCCUGGUGCUUUUGCGGAUGAGGUGCGCGCGGCUGCGAGGUCUAAUAUCGGGAUAGGGGCUGUUGUGGAUUUUGCCGAGGAGGCUUUUACUUGGUAG